AUUAAUAUCAACAUCAUCAUCAAAGUGACAUCUCGCUUUUGAGUUUCUGUGCGGGCAUCGUCCUGCAAAAUUGCCCUUUAUAAAUGCUGUUCUUUAUAGGUUGCUUUUAAAUGCGAGGUGAAGAUCCGUGCCAAAAGCAAGCUUGUGCUAUUCAGAAGUGUCUCCAAGCGCACCACUACCAAGAGUCAGCCUGCACACAGUUCUUCAAAGAAAUGGCAAAGUGCUGCGAGAAAUGGAGAGAUAGUUCUGGCUGUUGCACGGGUUUCCUCAAGGAUCAGCAAGUACGAAUGCAACAGCAAACGGCUCAAGAGCAGACAAGUUAAAAAGUCCCCCGUACAAAAAAUGAUGGCAAACUAACCCGCAACUCUACGCACGCACACACAAGUAUGGUGGCUCAGAGACUCGGCUUGGGAAAAAUUCGCAUCCAUCACCACCUCCUCCUCGCGGGCGUCUUCCGGGCCGCCCUGGUUGCCUUCGGCGAAUGGCAGGACAGAAACUUCCAGGUCAAGUACACCGAUGUCGACUACCACGUCGUCAGCGACGGCGCCGCCUACGUCUCCCAGGGACUGUCCCCGUUCCUCCGCGAAACUUACCGCUACACCCCGCUGUUGGCUGUCCUCCUCGUUCCGAACGUCUUCGUGCACCCCGUCUUUGGCAAGGCAGUGUUCUCGUUCGCGGAUGUCCUGGUCGGCUUCUACGUCUACCGAGUCGUCAAGGCGGCGAAGAUGAGCGAACGCAAGGCGGUGCUCUGCGCCUCGCUCUGGCUCUACAACCCGAUGACGCUGACCAUUUCCACGCGCGGGAGUUGGGACUCUCUCCUGUCGCUCCUAGUCCUGUUUGUCGUCUACGCCGUCCUCAAAACCCGGGACGUCGCCGCCGGUCUCGCCUACGGCUUCUCUGUCCACUGCAAGAUGUACACUGCCAUCUACGCCCUCCCCUUGUACCUCUCUCUCCAGCCGAAGCAUUCGACGCCGAAGCAGGAACAGCAACCGGAGACCUGGCUCAGGGCCGUUCUCCCGAACAGGCGCAGGGCGCAGUUCUGUGUUGCCGCAGCCGCAGGGUUCGCGCUCCCGUCGUUCCUCUGCUUCGUGACUUACGGCAACCAGUUCCUGCGGGAAGUCUUCUUUCACCACCUGACGCGGAAGGACUUUCGGCACAACUUUUCCCCUUUCUUCUACCUCCUGUACCUCGACCAGGGCGGAGCCUUCCUGGCGUUUGUUCCGCAGACUGUCCUGAUGACGAUCAUCUCCGUAAAGUACAGCCGCGUCAACGACCUCCCCUUCUGUCUGUUCUGUGAGACGUACGUCUUUGUCGCCUUUAACAAGGUGUGCACUUCCCAGUAUUUUCUCUGGUACCUGUGCCUGUUGCCGGCAGCCCUGCCCAAGUUGAAUGUAACACUGCGCAAUGGAUUCCUGCUCCUGGCGAUGUGGGCGGGGGGUCAAGCGUUGUGGCUAGCGGAGGCUUACUACUUGGAGUUUGAGGGAAAGCCACUUUUCCUCAAUGUCUGGGUAGCUGGCCUAAUAUUUCUUGCAGUGAACACGUUCAUACUGUGCUUUGUCAUGUUCAGUUACAGUUCUCAGCCGCAGAGGUCAAAGAAACAGAAACAGAAGUAGGGUCUUCCUUGCAGACUAACAUUCUGCUUGGAAAAUGAGACCUUAAAUAUUUUUAUCGCUCUCUCUCUUUUUUUUUGAGGCUGCCGUACUUAUUUGGUUAUAAGGCACGCUGCAUUUCAGUAGCUCGCAACGUCCUGGACACAUAAGCUAACGUCCGGUGAAUGACCGUGCAUUGUCGGAUAUGACCUGUGUGUUUUCUGGAGUGGAGCCUGCUUAUAUCCAAAUAAAUAGGGUAUUCCGUUGAAGAUGUCCUAAAAAAAUAUUGCUGCAACUCGCUACUUAUGGAAAGGGUCAGUUAAGCAGAAAGAAGGUUGAAAGCUGGCCCCACAGUCCGACUUUGAACAUUGAUCUUACAACAGGCUUUAUUAUGUGACACCAAUGCUUUGUAGGUUUAGUCAUGUGAUUGUUGUAUAGUCUUGAAGUUAUAUGCAAGUUCAAUCCUGUGGAAGCAUUGGUAAGACCUAAUGUCACAAACACUGUCUCGGAAUAAUGCAGGGUCUUUUAGGACAGUCUGGGUAGGACCUUGCAUGGAGACUUCCCAGGACUACAGGUUUUCCCGGCGAUUUUAAUCCAAGUGCCAGCUAAAUUACUCCAUGCCCCAUAAAGUUUGCAUGGCACGUGGAUUAAUUUAGCUGGCACUUAGAUUAAAAUCGCCGGGAAAACCUGUAGUUCUACAAAGUAUUUCACCAGAUUUGUAUUCUUCUGACAAUAGUUCGAUGGUCUCUCUAGGUACAAGACAGUUAUGAGAGCCCAUGCUGUUCAUCAGGUUAAUCUUCAGAUCGUUUUCAACAGUAGCCUCACAAAAGCUUUCCCACACCUUGUCUCAUAGUAGUGGCCAGUCCUAAUUCUGUUAGUUCUGCUCGACCACGUGUGGUUCCCUGUGAAGCCCCGCGUAGUAUUCCUGUGGCACGUGACACAUACUUUCCAUUGCAAAUGCUCAAGUCCUUUCAUUGUCUUACGAUUGCUUUUGUAAAGAUGAUCUCAUUGCAGCGACUAGUCCUAAUCCUAGUUUUGUACAAAUUUUGUACCGUUUACAGUUUAUUAUGAAGCCUUUUGUAAGAUGCCAAUGCUGCGUAACAGGUACUCAACAGGUACAAGUAGACAGUAUGUGAUCGCCUUGGGAUUACGGGCAUUUACUGGGCUUUUUAUCCUUUUGUGUAGCGACUAAUUUUGGCUGCUGCUGGUACUCGGGGUCGCAAAAGCGUGAAGCAGUUACGUUAUGGAGGAUAUUUGCGUGGCUAAGCACGUGUGCAGAGUUGUGAGACUGAUAUGUGUGUUGUAGUAGUUGUUUGUGGUAUAGAGGGUACUUACGUGGUAUACUUCUCAUUUCUAGUCACUGACAUAGAAACGUGUUCUUGGUUGAACUGUUUUUAUCACCUUUCAACAUGUUUUCCAUUCAGUGGGUGAGUCCCAACUUUUCCCUACGGCUGGACUAAUCAAUCAAUAUGCAAGUGAACAAACUCCACCCGAAGGAUUGUGAACAUUCUAAUUUCGAAAUAGAGUGUUUUGUCACUUA